AUGCACCUGUGUGUUGCUCAGCUCAUGCAGCUGGUGAGUCCCGAUGGCCAUAGAUGUCUUCAUUUCCAUUGCAGCCACCAGAGGACAUUUAGUGACAUUUUAAUUAGUGAAAUAUGUAUUAAUAUUUUGGAGCUUGUAUUAUGCAGUACAUAUGUCAAUGUUCCUUAAUGUCUUGUUGAACCCUUUCGUCUUUCCCUGACCCCUGACCUCUGACCCAUCUGACCCCUAGUCGAACCUGGAGCAUGAUGUAUCUAGCAUACUGACGUCACUCCAGGCUGACCUCUGACCCCUAGUCGAACCUGGAGCAUGAUGUAUCUAGCAUACUGACGUCACUCCAGGCUGACCUCUGACUGCUAACCUCUGACCCCUAGUCGAACCUGGAGCAUGAUGUAUCUAGCAUACUGACGUCCCUCCAGGCUGAUCUCUGACCUCUGACCCCUAGUCGAACCUGGAGCAUGAUGUAUCUAGCAUACUGACGUCCCUCCAGGCUGAUCUCUGACCUCUGACCCCUAGUCGAACCUGGAGCAUGAUGUAUAUAGCAGACUGACGUCCCUCCAGGCUGAUCUCUGACCUCUGACCCCUAGUCGAACCUGGAGCAUGAUGUAUAUAGCAGACUGACGUCCCUCCAGGCUGAUCUCUGACCUCUGACCCCUAGUCGAACCUGGAGCAUGAUGUAUCUAGCAUACUGACGUCACUCCAGGCUGACCUCUGACCCCUAGUCGAACCUGGAGCAUGAUGUAUAUAGCAGACUGACGUCCCUCCAGGCUGACCUCUGACCCCUAGUCGAACCUGGAGCAUGAUGUAUAUAGCAGACUGACGUCCCUCCAGGCUGAUCUCUGACCUCUGACCCCUAGUCGAACCUGGAGCAUGAUGUAUAUAGCAGACUGACGUCACUCCAGGCUGACCUCUGACCCCUAGUCGAACCUGGAGCAUGAUGUAUAUAGCAGACUGACGUCACUCCAGGCUGACCUCUGACCCCUAGUCGAACCUGGAGCAUGAUGUAUAUAGCAGACUGACGUCCCUCCAGGCUGAUCUCUGACCUCUGACCCCUAGUCGAACCUGGAGCAUGAUGUAUAUAGCAGACUGACGUCCCUCCAGGCUGAUCUCUGACCUCUGACCCCUAGUCGAACCUGGAGCAUGAUGUAUAUAGCAGACUGACGUCCCUCCAGGCUGAUCUCUGACCUCUGACCCCUAGUCGAACCUGGAGCAUGAUGUAUAUAGCAGACUGACGUCACUCCAGGCUGACCUCUGACCCCUAGUCGAACCUGGAGCAUGAUGUAUAUAGCAGACUGACGUCCCUCCAGGCUGAUCUCUGACUGCUAACCUCUGACCCCUAGUCGAACCUGGAGCAUGAUGUAUAUAGCAGACUGACGUCCCUCCAGGCUGACCUCUGACCCCUAGUCGAACCUGGAGCAUGAUGUAUAUAGCAGACUGACGUCCCUCCAGGCUGAUCUCUGACCUCUGACCCCUAGUCGAACCUGGAGCAUGAUGUAUAUAGCAGACUGACGUCCCUCCAGGCUGAUCUCUGACCUCUGACCCCUAGUCGAACCUGGAGCAUGAUGUAUAUAGCAGACUGACGUCCCUCCGGGCUGAUCUCUGACCCCUAGUCGAACCUGGAGCAUGAUGUAUAUAGCAGACUGACGUCCCUCCAGGCUGAUCUCUGACCUCUGACCCCUAGUCGAACCUGGAGCAUGAUGUAUAUAGCAGACUGACGUCCCUCCAGGAGGGGCUAAUCCCUAAGAAGAGGGCCGGGGUCGACGACGAGCUGCACCGCAUCAACGAACUCAUACAGGUGUGUGGGUCUAGUACCAAAUACAUCAUAUAUGGCCUCCUGUAGCUCAGUUGGUAGAGCAUGGCGCUUGCAACGCCAGGGUUGUGGGUUCGAUUCCCACGGGGGGCCAGUAUGAUUUUUUUUUUAUUAAAAAAUGUAUGCACUCACUAACUGUAAGUCGCUCUGGAUAAGAGCGUCUGCUAAAUGACUAAAAUGUAAAAUAUAAGUUAACUCAUACAGGUACAUGGAUUGUUUGAAUGAUUGGUUGAUUCAGUGAUUGAUUGAUUGGUUGAGUGUUUGAUGACAUUUAUUGUCCUUCAAGAGGAAAUCCUCACAUGACAAAAGUCACAAGUUUGUUUAUCACGGUCACAGUUUGAGUGGGGAUCAAUUUCAAUGCAUUUAUUUUCUAUACUCAAUAGUGUGAUACUUCUACGGUGUUGUCAUGUAACUAACUGAAUGUUGGUUCUGUGUGCAGGGUAACAUGCAGCGCUGUAAACUGGUGAUGGACCAGGUAACAGAGACCCGGGACACUAUGAUGAAAGUUCUGGAUCACAAAGACAAGGUCCUCAAGCUGCUCAACAAGAACGGAGCUGUCAAAAAGUCUAACAAACUGAAACGUAAGGAUCGGGCCUAGCCUGGGCUUCCUGUUCCAUCACCAACGCCAUGGGUCUGUUCAUUAGGGCAUGCAAUGUUUUAAAAACGUUUUGCAACGGAAGAUGAAAAUUAAAAGUCAAGGUGGUAGUCCCUCCCUGUUUGUCUGUUUUGCUGCUGCUACAUGCCUAAUGAACACGACCCACCUCUGCCCUGCCCUUCUGGAGGACAGGGUGGAAGAGCUGCUCUGAGCUAACGAACUGGUGGUGCUAUGACUGCUGCGCACCAUCACCCUCUAUCUCUGUCUGUGGACUGA